AUGUUCUAUCUUACCCGUUAUCAAUUCAUCAGUUUGAUAACAUUUGUUUUUCGUACUGCUAUCAAUUCAGAAGUCGCAUUCAAUUCCGUGAAGAACAAAAUGGCAGCAAACAUCAUUACAUUGAGGCUGUGCAAAGGUACGGAAGGUUUUGAAGAUUUCCAAGUGGAGAAAAUGGUUGCAAUGGAAUCAGAGGUCAUAAAGAACUGUAUCCAAGACACACAUCAUGGGAUGGACCCUCUAAGGCUUCCUCUUCCUUCUGGUCACGUCAAGCCUGGUAAAGUGCUGAAGAAAGUAUUAGAGUAUUGUGAAUACCAUGCUCAUGCUAAAUCCAACAGUAUAUCAGAAGACGAUGUGAACAUCUGGGAUACAGAAUUCUCUCAAAAUAUUAUUACUGCUGAUAAAAAUCGGGCGUCUGUCUGUGAUAUUCUUAAGGCUGCUGAUUUUCUUAUAAUCGAUGGUCUGCAUAAUUUGUUAUGUAUAACUAUCGUAAAUUUCAUUAAAAACAAAUUUGAAGAGAGGGCAGCAAUCCUGUCAAGGUAG